UCAUCAUCAAGCCUCAGACAGCACCACACCCAGAGAGCAGAGAGCAGAAGCAGCUAGCUAUCUAUACAUCGAGUGAUCGACCAUCCAUCGUCACGCACACUGCUCACACGCGAGGCAGGCAGAGAGAAACAGAGAGAGCUAGGAGCAGAGAUGGUGAAGAUUCCGAGCCCGAGGAGGCUGUUCAGGAGCCGGUCCAAGAGCACGGCGGGCGGCAUCGGCGGGGUGGACAUGUGCGCCAUGGUGGCCGAGCACGAGAGGAUCGAGUGGGAGGUGCGCCCGGGCGGGAUGCUGGUGCAUAAGCCCGACGACGACGGCUGCGACGACGCCGUCGAGGCCAUCCUGGUGAAAGUAUCCGCCGGCUGCGGCGGGUGGCAGCACGACGUGUCCGUCGACGCCACCGCCACCUUCGGCGACCUCAAGGUGCUGCUGUCGCUGGCCACUGGGCUCUGGCCCAGGGAGCAGCGGCUCCUGUACCGGGGCCGGGAGAGGGACGACGGCGACCACCUGCACAUGGCCGGCGUCCAGGACAAGGACAAGGUGCUGCUCCUGGAAGACCCUGCCGUGACCGAGAGGAAGCUGAGGUCCACCAGCCUCGCGCAGCUCAUGGGGGUGCCCUGCCACUCCUUCAUCCAAGUAUAGAAACCCACACAUCCUCCUGAUCGAUCGAUUUUUCUUUCUUUCUCGCCGGCUGCUCUUGCUUGGGCGAAGAUCGAUCGUUUUUCCUUUCUUUCUUAGUUUUUUGGUUUUCACACAGAGCCAGAGCCUGGAUUCGGCCGGUUAAAUCAAAACAUCUGCAUCGUUAAAACACAUUUUCGUACAGUACAGUACAUAUUGUAAAUUAUUCUUGCAAUUUGUAUAAGGAAACAAUGACGGUGACUGUGCUCCUUGUACAGUUUU